GUCCUUAAUAAUAAGCAUUAGGGCAUAAAAGGGGGCCGGCUCACUCAUUCCUUCCCAUUCGACCGGCCCUGAUCGCACGAGCAGAAGGAAGAGCCGGCGUGCGUGCGUCUUCCUCAUUCGGCCGACUCUAGGGCAAGCGGCGACGGUAUGCGUAUGUGUCUAUUCCUCUCCUCUUCGACCCUUCGAUUCUUGCAGGCGUUCCGUCAGGCCGAACGUGAGAAGGCAAGGGGGCGGCAAGAGGCGAAACGACCAGAGAAGAGAGUUCUUCUUCCUUGUUUUCUUUUGAUUUUCUUGAAUAUCAAUUGGCUCAUAGCUAAGGGGAAAACUCCAUGAAAAGAAUAUGGCUGUGUACUACAAGUUUAAAAGUGCAAAAGAUUAUGAUUCUAUUCCCAUUGAGGGACAAUUCAUAUCUGUUGCAAAUCUGAAAGAAAGAAUUUUUGAAUCCAAGCAUUUGGGAAGGGGUACUGAUUUCGAUCUGAUGGUUUCAACUGCUCAGACUAAUGAAGAAUAUGUAGAUGAAGCAGCAAUGAUUCCUAAAAAUACAUCGGUACUUAUAUGCCGGGUACCAGGGCGCCCUCGAAACCCUAUUGUUACCGAGAGAGACAAGCCCAAAAGUGUAGAGGAUAAAAUAGAAGAUCUUCCACCCUCUAGUACUAUCAUGGUUGGCAAUUCAUCCACAAUGAAAUAUCCCGAUGAAUCUGAAUGGUAUGAGUUUGGGAAUGAUUUGUAUAGUGUUCCUGAAGUUCAUCCUGCUCAGUCAAAUGCUCCAAUUGUUGAUGUUUCUCCUACGAACAAAGUUGAUGAAGAGAGCAAGAUUAAAGCUUUACUUGAUACACCUGCACUUGAUUGGAAUCGCCAAGGACAUGAUUCGUAUGGUGCUGGCAGAGGAUUUGGCAGGGGAAUGGGUGGAAGGAUGAUGGCUGGCCGUGGUUUUGCUCGAGGUAUGAUGGAGAAGAAGACGCCUCCUGCUGGUUACAUCUGCCAUAGAUGCAAAGUUCCUGGUCAUUUUAUCCAGCAUUGCCCCACAAAUGGUGACCCUAGUUAUGAAAUUAAAAGGGUGAAGCCACCUACUGGGAUUCCAAGAUCUAUGUUAAUGGCAACUCCAGAUGGGUCUUAUGCACUGCCAAGCGGCGCAGUUGCUGUCUUGAAGCCAAAUGAAGCUGCAUUUGAGAAAGAAAUUGAGGGGUUACCUUCUACUCGAUCUAUUAGUGAUCUUCCACCUGAAUUGCACUGCCCAUUGUGUAAUGAAGUAAUGAAGGAUGCUGUAUUAACCGGCAGAUGUUGUUUCAAGAGUUUCUGUGACAAGUGUAUCCGUGACUACAUAAUUAACAACUCGAAGUGUGUCUGCGGGGCAACUAAUAUAUUAGCUGAUGACCUCCUUCCAAAUAAAACACUAAGAGAGACUAUCAGCCGUAUAUUGGAGACAACUACAAGCAGCACAGAGAAUGCUGGAAGCUUGGCACAGGUGCAAGAUAUGGAAUCGGCUCGCCCUGUACAAUCCAGAGUUCCAUCAGCUACUCUUUCUAGAACCUCGAAGGGUGAACCUAAGCAGCCUCUUCCAGCAGACAAUACUGCAUAUAUCAAGGAAGGUGAGGGUGCAAGUGAACCGAAAACUGAUAAUUUUACUUCAGUUUUUCCGGAUAAGAAGUCAGAGAAAACCAUGGAUCAAGCUGAAGCAACUCCAAUUCCAGAAGAGGCUCAGGAAAAGUUGCCUCCGGGUGAUCUAGUUAAGAAAAAGAAGAAGAAAACUCGAAUUGCUGCUACUGGUUCCGACAUGCAAUGGAGGAAUUUUCAACAAGAUUUUGGGUUGGAUAACUUCGCUGGGAUGGCUGUGGGUUUAUCAGCCUACAAUCCUUAUUGGGGUUUAGGGAUGCCAAUUGGAAUUGAUGGAUUCAUACCUUCUUUAGCUGCUCCUAUGCCAUACAUGGUUUAUACACCUACUAGUCCUUUUGAUGUUCCUUUUGGGGGAAUCUUACCACCUGAUCCAUAUAUCGCGCAAGGCUACAUGAUGCCCGGUUUUCCUCUGAGGGAGUUCAGUAGGGAAAGAGAGAAUGUGACUCCGGGAAAGGAGACCAAUAGCAGUGUUGAUGCUGUCUCACUGAAGAAGGCUAAGCCUCAAUUGAGGUCGGAGGUGUUAGAAAUUAUAAAAAAGCAGCAGCCAAACGUGGACCGGAGUGCCGGUCCGUCCCGCGACGCGGUUCGGCAUUCUCCUCCGCCUCCCCGACCACCGCCCCUGAAGCGAAAAUCAUCCGACUGGGAGCAGUCGGACGGGGAUGCCUCGGCCACGUCUAAGGCGGAACGGAAGCAGAAGGGAAGUGUGUUCUCUCGCAUCAGUUUUCCGGCGGAGUGCGGUGAUCCGGAUCGAGGAACCGGCAAGCGGAGGAAGACCUCGUCGGAUCCGCCCGACGGCUUGAAGGACCACAGCGAGCGGGAAAGGGAGCGGCUGCUCGUUAAUGGAUACAUUAGUUCGUCGACCGGCCGAAGGAGCGGCGGCGGAGCAGGGGGAUACGACUAUGAGUCGAGCGAUGAGGAGCGGCACUUCAAGCGGAGAUCGUCGUCUUCGCGGCGGAAGUCGGAGGAGGAAGAAGCCGCCCGAGCACCUAGGGUAUUGAGGGAGCGCGAGUGAACUAGGUGAAGCGUA